AUGGGUGAUGAUAUCAACAGCGAAAGCACUAGUACCAUUGGAGACGACUGGGUGAAAGAAAGUGAUUUUUCAAUUUCGUCAUUGCCGACAGAUUGUAAUAAGGACAUGGUAUCAAGUUCGAGUCUUGUCUCGUUUGCGAGCGAUCCGGAAAGUAAGAAAUUGCUUUGGGUGCGUUUCCUUGGCGUAGUAAAUCGACCAAAUCCACUCGAUGACUGGGAUCAGCUCUACAACUUGAACAACCAAGCCGGCCUUAGAAAUGAUUGCCGAAAAUUAGCGAAAUUGUUGGACAACAAGAAAUCUGUACCAGAGCUGGAAUCUUUUAUGACAUUGUACUGUAAAAAGCGCAAUGUUGACUACAAGAAAGACAGCGGAUGGAUAGUGGUGUUAGAGAAAAUUUUGAAGUUUGACUUACCUCAAGAACAUCUUUUCAAUGUGUUCUUUGCGUUCACAACUAAAUACAUUCCAAAAGAAACAAAGGAAAACGCUCAAAUAUACGAUCUGUUUCGGCUACUGCUGCAGUAUCAUGACCCUGUCAUAAGUUCUCACUUGGAUUCCCUAAAAUGUAUGCCGUACUCGUAUGCAAAUCAGUGGUUUUCAACAGUUUUAGCGGCUUCUGUUGAUGAUGGUGUAUGUAGGGUUUUGUGGGAACUCUACAUUGAGAAGGGUGACCCUUUUUUAAUUUUCUACAUGGCUUUGGUUUUAAUUAUUAAUAGCCGAGAUGAAUUACUUGGGAUUGGAUUUGAUCGUCGAGAUGAUGCGCACAAAGUGCUUUCUUCAUUACCAAAUCAAUUGACUAUCGAUGAUGUACCAGAUUUUGUUCAAUUGUCUGCAUAUUACGCAGAUCGCACUCCACAGUGCGUUCGUGAGGACUUUCAUUAUUUAAUAUUUGGUUCGAAUUAUGAUGAUGAAGUUGGUGAAAUGCAAACCUCAAACAUUACCUACUUCAUUAUUGAUUGCCGCUCAAACGAGGCGUAUAACAGUGGUCAUAUCUAUGGCUCGUUCAAUCUGGAUUGCAAGCUGUUGGUUGAUGCUCCUAGUCAGUUUGAAAUGGCUUUAUCUUGCCUCGAAUCGUACAAGCACGAGCAGAAGUUUGAUGAACACAUAUGCUUCUUUGGUUAUGGCGAUGAAGACCAAGAUCAGUUCAUGAAUAUGGUGAUUGCUCGAUUUCUUCGCGAUGGAAAGAGCCACGUUACCUUCGCUCAAGGUGGUUAUCGAGGUCUACAUAGUGUUCUGUCGGAGUCAAACCGUUUACGGCUUAUCAACUCUCACGAUGAAUCCAAGUGUCGAGAAUGCGGAAACGCGUCUUCGGGCAAGAGCUGGAAACUGGUAGGAAAGAUGAAAGAAGUGGUAAUUUCUAAGUCAGCUGCUGUGAAAGACAAGGUUAGCGAGUUGGUGACUCAAGCAGCUCCAGGAAGUGCUCCCACAAAUGAGGUGGUGUUUUUACAGCUUCUUCUAACUGAGCAAGCUGAAUUCAUCGAACAUUUUCAAUGUCAUGAAUUAGCCGAUAACAAAAUGAUGAUUCCAUCUCACAUUGCCAUAACACGUACCCAUAUGCAUGUGCUGAGAGAUGUGGAAGGAAAGCCUGGAUACGUUACCACUGAGGCUCGGCAUGCUCUCUCUUCAAUACUUCGUGUCACUAGCAAAAAGAAGGUCCCAGAGCUGUUGACCUUCAAAUUUGGCUACGAAAUCAGUGGUGUUUCAAAGAUUACUGCUGUGCAUAGGUUGGUUUCUUUAGCUUCGCUUUCAUUUUUAUUUCUUCUUUAA